AUGCAAGUAGGUGACUCUACGCUUUCGUUAUGCUAUUAUAUCCUUACAUUGAUUCAAUCGCCCAGGAUAAGGCGUGUGAAAUGCGACGAAACUAAACCUCAUUGCCGCAAAUGUACAGAAUUGGGGCGGAAAUGCGAAGGCCCUGUUGCAAAUCAAAUUCGAUUUGUUCGAGAACAACCCGCCAGGCCGAAGGCCCCGACAUUGCAGACUGAGCUUUCUCUUCUUGCGCCGCAACAUCCAGAUGAUGAAAGACACGCUUUCGAUUACUUCACACAUCGCGCCGCACCCAUAUUUGCCGGGGCCAUUGAUGCUUCUUUCUGGAUCGACUUAGUCCCGCGACUCGCCCAGUCGAGUUCGUGCGUAUGGAAUACCGUUGUCUCGAUCAGUUGGCUGUUCGAACACGUGCCAUACCAGUCUUUGGUGACCACUUUUGAGUACAGAAAUCCGAUGACCUCGAUAACUCCCCAUCAUGGACGUGCUCUGAAGUGGUACAGCCGAGCAAUUGCCGAUCUUCGACAACGUAUCGAGCAAGGCCAAAUGGACACCGCCAACGCCCUUCUCAGCUGCGUUCUCUUUGCCAGUGUUGAAUUUCAACAGAGAAACAUAGGGAAUGCCUUGAUUCUAAUGAAGAGCGGCUAUAGAAUACUUGCUCAAAGUCUCUCAACAGCUGCAACGAAGCGCGCUUCAUCAACCACUUUGGCCAUUCACGAAGUGGUGACUCCUCUUUUCUCCCGUCAUGCUGUCCUCAUGGCUACCCUGGGGACUCCAAUACCACCGGGAUGGAGCUAUCAUGCAGAAAACAUUCUCGAGCCAUCCAUCCUGUCCUCUCUAGCGGUGCUCGAUAAUGUCCGGACGCAACUCUAUAAUUUAAUGUACCAAUCAUAUGAAAUUAUCAGAGUAGCGAUCUUGUUGUCUCACGAUGACUACGAAAUGGAGAAAAUACAGCCGCAAAAGAAUUCGUUGCUGCAAGAACUGCACCAAUGGAGAACCUCUUUCAUGGAACGAUGGGGUGGCGACAAGAGAAUGGAGAUUGCCUGGGUGUCUUCAAAUCUUCUUAUGUACUGGGGUGUCUCCUACAUUUGGCUGGCGACCUGCACGAGUCGUUUUCAGACGGCGUUCGAUGAACAUAUUGAACGGUUUGCGGAGAUCAUCUUUCAUGCCCAAAAAGCUCUCUACUACAGUGCCGAAUCCGCCACUGGCCAACCGGUCCUUUCCUUCGAGAUUGGCGUGAUGCCGCCUCUUUACUUUUCUGCGACAAAAUGUCGCGAUCCGCUCUUACGACGGAAGGCUUUACAUCUCAUGCGACAAGCUCCGGCCGGCGAAAGUCUCUGGGCAUCAGUCGCCCCGACAAGCGUCAUUGAGAAAGUCAUUUCCAUCGAAGAAGGUCAUGACUUCACCUACCGUUCAGAAUCACCUUCAUCCCUCGAGUCUGUCUCACGGAAUCUACCACCAGAAAAGCAACGGAUCCAUCAUGUAGCCGUGAUAAGAAAGGAGCUGAUCGGAGGCAGCCAACGUCUAGCUGCUCAACUAACAAAAAUGUCUCUGUGGGCCCUAUGGUUCAAGGGUGAUGUAUCAUGA